AUGACGUCUUCUUUGCGCCGACGGCCCUUGUUUCAGUAUCCGGCGAUUGUAGAAACUCCAUUAUGCUUUGCAGUUACUAUUGUCACCAUGACCUACGCCUGGUGGGGCGUUUACCGGUUAGUUAUCGUUUAUUGUGCGAUUAAAAUCGAGUCUCCUUUUUUCUCCUUGAAUGAAUUUAAUGAAUUACUGAAAUUCUUUCUACCAGAAAAACUUUACUGAAAUCAAAUAUCUCGUUUUUUUUUGCUCUAAAAAGGUGUAACUCGUAUUUUUCAGCUUUUUUUCUUAUUCAUAAAAUUUUGAAACUACCAAAUUAAGUUUUACUGACGACUCUUACUGGCAAGUCUUCUUCAAAAAUAUAAGUUUCAGCAACUCGAAAUAAACCGAUUGACCUAUCUUUUCAAAACUUUGAUUCAAAGUUGUCGAUUUCAAAAUAAAAUUGUAAAUUAAAACUAUACUUUGGUGUUUGUGAUAAAAAAAUUUCUUCAAAAUAGAAUAAACUUUUUGUCAUAAAUGUUUAGCAAAUAACCUGUCGUUCUUACAUAAGAUUCAUUUGGAAACUUUCCCAAUUCCAAGCUUCCAGGGCAAGCCAAUCAUUCGAAUGGAAAAUGGGUGACUAUGGAAUGUGGAGCAAGCCUCCGAUCAUUGGAGAAACGACUGGACAUUUGAUGAAGGUAACCUUCUUUCGAACUGAUUUUUUAUUUUGAUCCUUUUUCUUCGUUUAAAUUAGGCUUCUGGCUUGCAAAAUUCGGUAGCUCAUACCAUUUCGAAGCCACUUUCCCUUCCUUACCGAAUUCAUAGAAUCUCAGAUUAAAAUUCUACUGCUCUUUUUGAUGUAUUUUUUCAGCGGACAACGUUUUGACAAGUAAGACCCAGAAGCUGCAAAAAAAAGAACUCUGUAAAAACCAUGAUAUUCUCAGGACGUGACCAACUGGGAGUGGUCCCGAUGGUCGCCCUUCGCCUUGUCGUACUUGCCGGUCUUCCUGGGACACGCCGUUUUGUUCAACGCCGGCUCGGCCUUGCUUCCAGAGAAGUUAUUCGUGCCACUCUACACGUUUUCUUCAAUCGGUGCCGUCGCCUACUAUUUUACUCCAUUUUUGGUCGCCGUUUCCUUGCUCCAAGGCACCGUCGUCUUUAUAACUGCCGCUUUCGUCAAGUUUGUUUCGUUUUUAACUGUUAAGGAAAGUAGGAGUGAAGACUCACUCAGUUAGGGCUUUUUUAGGACACUGAUUCGGUUCUUUUUAGGUUUAUCAACCUUUCAUACAUCCGAUUAAGUUUUAGGUGAAACACUCGUGGCUUCUGGUUCUUACAGUUUUUACAAAGUCGUCUCUUAGCUGUUAGCAGCGAUCUUAAAUUGUUCUGACCGAUUUUAAAAAAGGCUCAAUUUUUCACGUUGAUUCUGAUUUUGUGCUUCGAGCUGAAACCAUUCUCUGAUGGGAAGCAGUAGUCUUUCUGAGCCGCAGAAUCUUCUACCGUCAAGCCUCGUUUCAACUAAAAACUGAAUUUUUCAGAAAAACAGCAAUCGUCUGGCUCAGCGCUUUACCGGUGCUCUACCUGACGAUGCACCAGACCUCCUCCCUCAGUGACGAUCCCUUCCUAAUCUUCACUUUCGUCUCCUACAGCAUGCUCAGCUACGUCUCCUACUCGCUGGAAACGAUGCACACCGCCGUCCGUCCAGAAGACAAUACCCUGCCUAAGCGUUACCUCCGAAUGUUGUUCUACACCUACUAUCAGCCAUAUCUUUUCUCCCUGAUCGUUCUUUAUCCAGACUUUGAGCGUCAGAUUGCCGAGAAGUGAGUUUAGCCAAGUGAAAAAAUUAGAAUCUCCUAUUUUCAGAUCCAAGAAAACACGCGAUUGGAAAAAGUGCAUCUUCUUCGCUUUUCGGAUCGCCUUUUGGUGGUGGCUGAUGGAAACGGCUCUGCAUUUCCUUUACUUCGAGGCGAUUCUCAAGAACCAGCCGUACCUCUACUCUCUUCCAAAGGACCAGUUUGUCGCGUUGGGAAUGGCUCUAGGUGAGAACAUGAGUUAGUCUCAUUAAUUUGAGUAUUUCCUUGACAGGAAUUUUCUUCCACCUCAAGUACGUCAUUAUCUUUGGAUUGCCCUCGUUGUUUGCGCACGUCGACAGCAUGGAUCCGCUACCGCCGCCGAUUUGCCUUAUUCGGGUCACGCUUUACUCGAAGGUAAUUCAAAAAAAAAAAAAAAAUUAUACUGAAGCUAUUUUUUUUUGCUUCAGGUGUGGCGAGAGUUCGACCGCGGACUGUACAUCUUCUUCAAAAAGUACAUUUUCAUCCCGAUCUGUGCUCCGACGUUUUCUUUGCCUCGGAAAAUCUUCGGCGUCUUGGUUUCCUACAGCUUCGUUCUUCUGUGGCACGGCUUCUAUCAUCAUAACAUCGUGGGCUUUUCCUACUACUUGAUUUUUGCAUGACUCAGAAUUAUCAAAAAUAUUUAGGUUGCGAUCCUUCACAAUAACAUCGGCAAUUUUCAAUUAUUUGACUUUUUUUAUUACUUAUUUCUCACAGUAGAAUAUAUUGUCAGUAGAAUAUAUUUGACGUAGAAUAUAUUUGACGAACAUUUUUUUUAAAUAAUCAUAGUUUAUUAAACAUUUUUUUUAUGUAGACGAGUUCGAUAGAACUGAAAAAAAUCUCCCGUGUCUGCCUUUUUAUUUAAAAAGUCCCGUAAGUUCUAAAUAAAUAUAGCUCAAUCAUAGAUAAAAAAACUCAGGUUCGAACUUUCAAAACCGAAAGACCCCAAUUUUUUCCGUAUCUCAAAACCAUAAUCUUCAUUAUGAUACCGCUUUGAUACCACACAACAAAAUCUACAGCAACCCUUUCGUAACGAAUUUUCAAAAAACAUUUUCAAAAAGCCACAACAUGCAUCACUCCUCCCAAAAACUUCCAAAUCCAGAAACCUCCAGGUCUGGAUCGGACUGAACAUCCUCGCCCUGUUCCUGGAGAUGAGCUCGAAGGUGCUGUACACGUUCGACUCGGUUCGCCUUUUCCGGGAGAAGCACCUGACCGACGAGAACUUCCGGCGAGUACUUGCCUGGCUACACAUUGUGCCAUUUGCCAUCGGUCUCUACUCGAACUUCUACUUCCUGGGCGGCUCCGAGGUCGGAGCAGCCUUCGUACAGCGGUUCCUGAUCGAGGAAACCAUCACCGUGCGGUGAGCCGAAAUGAAAUGCGACGCCUCAACGAGUCUCUCGAGUGUUUCAGAUGGCCGUUCCUUCUCAUCAUCACGCUCGGCUAUUUCCAUGCAAACACAGCGAUCGAGGUCGACCGACAGAACGCUUUAAAGUCCAAGACGGCGUAG